AUGACUCGCGUGACGCUCGUAUGCAAUGGCCACGAGCCGAAAAGCGCAACCGUGGAUCUCGGCGCGUUGAAACGCGACGCCACCAAGAUCCCGACUCUCUUCAACUUGUCUUUUCCCGGCAUUGAAGGGCAGGAGUACCACAUCGAGUGCUCGGACGAAGACAAGAACCAUGGGCCGCUCGCGAUCGAUAACGUCGGCGACAUAUUUGCUUCACUCGAGGGCCGUGCCGACAUAACAUUUACUGCUCGUCCCGGAGGCCAAAAGGGCGGACAAUUGCCUCGCCACGCCAGUCUGAUCGCCAGCGCUGCCCCCGCCGGAGACAAGUAG